AUGGACAGCGAGGUAGUAAAUGGUCGCGCCAUCAGUACAGCGAAGGAAUGUUCACUUGCUGUGAAAACAAGUAUUGUUGCUGUGAAAUGCAUUAUAUUUGAUUCAUCUCAAAUUGGUAAUCAGUUGACUGAUUUUGCUGAACGUAAUACAUUAGAUAUUAGUUGUGGUUUGAUUUUACUUCACUGGUUUCCAUUCUGCAUUAGUUGUGCUUUAGCUGGAUGCCUUAUUGAUCUGAAAGUUAAUCCACGUGUGCCAGCACAACGUCCAUCGAAAUUAUCUGGAGCCGCAAGGCUAUCUCCAGGCGGCGGCCAACAUUUCGCUCAUAUUUUAGAAACUUUAGAGGGCAGUUCACAAGUAGCAGCGCAAUCGUUUGGUAUGACGAACGCUCGCGGGUCGAACUCCUCUGCAACUCCAUCAGCAACCGCAUCAUCAGGAGUGCUGAUGGUUGGACCCAAUUUCAAGGUAGGUAAGAAAAUUGGGUGCGGUAAUUUUGGAGAAUUGCGUUUAGGAAAGAAUCUUUACAACAAUGAGCAUGUGGCUGUUAAAUUGGAACCAUUGAAGAGCAAAGCACCCCAGCUUCAUCUCGAAUAUCGUUUUUACAAACUAUUGGGCCAGCACGAAGGACUACCGCAGGUGCACUACUUUGGACCAUGUGGGAAAUACAACGCUUUGGUAAUGGAAUUAUUAGGACAUUCUUUAGAAGAUCUCUUUGAUUUGUGCGAUCGAAAAUUCUCCUUGAAAACUGUUGCUAUGAUUGCAAUGCAGCUGAUGAGGCGCAUUGAAUAUGUACAUAUGAAACAUCUGAUUUAUCGAGAUGUGAAACCGGAAAAUUUCUUAAUAGGACGACAUUCUACUAGGAAGCAACACUUACUGCAUAUUAUCGAUUUUGGGCUUGCAAAAGAGUACAUUGACUGUGACACUGGUAAGCACAUUGCGUACAGGGAACAUAAGUCAUUGACAGGCACAGCGAGGUACAUGUCAAUAAACACUCAUCUUGGUAAAGAACAGAGUAGAAGGGACGAUUUGGAAGCACUUGGGCAUAUGUUCAUGUACUUUCUGCGUGGAUCACUACCUUGGCAAGGUCUUAAAGCGGAUACUCUUAAGGAGCGAUACCAAAAAAUUGGUGAUACUAAGCGAGCAACUCCAAUUGAAGUGCUCUGUGAAGGCUUUCCUGAGGAAUUUGCUCAGUAUUUGCGAUAUGCACGUCGGUUAGACUUCUUUGAAACGCCGGAUUACGAGUAUUGCUAUAAUCUGUUUAAGUCGGUGCUUGAUAGGCUCGGUUAUACAUACGAUUACGAGUUUGAUUGGACACCAAAGCUCAAUCAAGCGUCAACUCCUUCGGGUUCUCUUCAUGCCGGUGAUGCACACAAAGGAGAGGGGAAGCGGGCUGGUGCUGCGAAAGGGCGGCAAUGUGAAACUCUCAAACCAUCCAAUCAGGGCGCUGGACAACAGGAUGGCGGUUUUGGCUCUACACAAGUAAUCAAUUCAAAUGUGGGUGAAGUGAUGGAAGACAAUGGUGGUCGUUCACAACAGCCUGUCACACACCUAGAAGAUAAUAGUGAAGUGAAAAUGCUUUACACUGGGGCGGGGCAAUGUUCAAUUCCAUGUUAUGCGAAGCAGUUGAUACAAAGUGUUCCUGUUACGGCUCCUCAUAUCCAUUUGGUAUUGGUGACCAUGCUUUAUCAACGGAGGGUAAUCGUGGCUGUUAUUCUUCAUUGCUUGAAUGUGUUAUUUGCAAGACCUACGGAUAUCAUAUCACAUCUUCAAAGAGAUUCAAGCAUUGUUCCAUCUUAUGAGAUGACUUCUGCACUUACGCAAGCUGACCACAGAUUGCGUUGGACAGGCAUUCUUCCUCCUGAGAAUAACCCUCGUACGAAUAGAAAAACCAAGUUUGUCAAAUUUGAGGAAAUUGAUAAGGCAAAAGAGGAGCAGAGACGGGGCAUAACAAUAAAUAUCGCACAUAUCGGUUACGAAAGUGAUACACGACGGUAUGCUCAUACUGAUUGUCCCGGACACAGCGACUUCAUAAAAAAUAUGAUUUGUGGUGCAACGCAGAUGGAUGUCGCUAUUUUAGUAAUUGCUGCUACUGAUGGAGUUAUGCCACAAACAAAAGAGCAUCUUUUAUUAGCUAAACAAAUUGGUGUUUCCAACAUUAUUGUAUUUAUAAAUAAGGUGGAUUUGGUCGAUGAUGACGUUGUUACAUUAGUAGAAAUUGAAGCACGAGAAUUACUAGAGCAUUAUGGCUAUGCGGAUGAAUCAGUUAUUGUGGUGAAAGGAUCGGCAUUGCGAGCAUUGCAAAAAAAUGAUGGAGAAUGCGUUGAACAGUUAAUUUCGGCUUUGGAUAGGAUACCUCUUCCAAAGAGGCUGCAAGAUGGACCGUUUUUGAUGCCUAUCGCAUCACGAGUAUCAAUUACUGGAAGGGGAACUGUUGUCAUCGGAACGGUUGAACAAGGAAAAAUCAAGAAAAAUGAUAAAGUGGAAAUCACGGGAGAAGGACAGUGCGUUAAAUCGGUUGUUGCAGAUAUACAAGUUUUUAAAAAAAGUGUUCUUGAAGUUUGUGCUGGUGAUCACUGUGGCAUUUUGUGUCGUGGUGUCAAAGCGAAUAUAGUGAAGAGAGGUAUGUGGCUCGGAACCGUAGGUGCAGUUACCACAUCUAAUUUCUUCAAGAUUGAGUUGUAUUUGUUAUCUGAAAAGGAAGGUGGAAGGCGUUUGGCAGUACAUUCUGGUUUUACUGAAAAAGUGUUUUGUAGUACAUGGGAUCAGGCUGGCCGCCUGCAUUUGGAAUCUGAUAUUCUAAUGCCUGGAGAACAUUGCACAGCUUACAUGCUUUUGUUGAAUAAAAUGCCUGUGAGCCAAUCACUGCCUUUUACAAUACGAGAAGGCAACAAAAAGACAAUUGCUCGUGGCAUAAUUCGCGAAAUUUUCCCUGCAAUUGAUUUGGAUUCAUUCAAGGAUAUAAAAGAUAAAGGGCUUGAAAAUUUUAUCAGACAACAACAAUGA